AUGAUGGUCAUGACGGUGCUUCCUCCCAGGAACGCAACAUCCAGCGCCGCACCUGAGUCUGACAUCCCAAUAUACGCACAUGCAACCGCGACCAACAUCCCCAUCGUCCCCAGGUUUCCCACAUACUACGGCAACAACUCCACUCGGCCCAAAACUCCCCAUCUCGGUCUCAAACCGUUUCCGAACGACACCACCACGGAAACAGUCCCGGUGGGGACGAUGAUCACGGAGUGCACUAUACCGGACACUAUAGCUCUUACCUUCGACGAUGGGCCGUCGCACUACACGCCGAAGCUCCUCGACGUGCUUCAGGAAUACGACGUCCGCGCUACGUUCUUUGUAAAUGGCUAUCAUCUUCGACAUGAUGAAUACGCGGAGUACUUGAAGCGGGCUAGUGAGGAGGGUCAUCAGAUUGCGUCUCAUACAUACGACCACCCUCAACUCCCCUCCCUCGACUAUGACGGCAUCUACGAGCAAAUGACCCGCCUCAGCGCCAAAAUUCGUGACAUCACCGGUCGAGCGCCGACCUACAUGCGGCCGCCCUAUCUGGAAGUCAACGACCUGGUUCUCAGCGUUCUCGGCGACCUCGGAUAUCGGGUGAUCUCAGCUAGCAUUGACACUAAGGACUACCAGCAUGACACGCCGUGGUUGAUUGAUCACAGCUACGAGCGGUUCGUCGAGGAGUUGGAAGCUGGUGGGACGAUCGUGCUGGCGCAUGAUACGCAUCGACAGACGGUGGAGACACUAACGAGGGAAAUGCUGAAGGGCGCGAAGAUGAGGGGGCUGAAGGCUGUUACCGUGGGCGAAUGCUUGGGGGAGUCGGAGCGCCUUUGGUAUCGUUGA